GUGUGUGUGUAUGUAAGAGAGAGAGAGAGAGAGACUGUUUUUUUCUCUUUCUGCUCUUUCCCUAUUCCCUCUCUCUUCAGGCGAGCAGAGCAGAGCAGGACUGAGUGAGAGGAGGACAGAGGACGCAGACGCGUGUGCAGACCACAGCGCAGCAACUCCAAAAAGACAAGAGAGGAAAAUAGUUUUCGAGGAGAAGAAUAAGGCAAAGAAACAAAGCUUCUUUUUGUUUUUUUCUUACAUCAGCAAACUGUGGUGGAUCUCAUACCUACAUCAAAGAAAUCUAGAAGAACAAAAAGGAAUUACUAUUUCACAGCUAAAAGGAAGAUAAUAGAAUUCUUUUUAUAGUCUUUUCCUAUUCACCACACGUAUAUUGUUAUUUUUAGAGGACUUGCCAGGUGUAGCAGGACUUUUGUUUCCGCAGGCAAACAGAGAGAAGUAAGGGUUUUGUUGAAGAAAAGCUGGAAGCAGUGGUGGCGAACAUGUCGGUCAGAGGUGGCCGUUUCGGGGCAGUCCCGGGCCGGCUGGCUGGGCCGCCGCUCUGGAUGUGGGUGGCGAUGCUCUCUGCGCUGCUCGUGGGCAACGGCAGUGCCUGUCCAGCCCUGUGUACCUGCAGCGGCACCACAGUCGACUGCCAUGGACUGGGUCUCAGGACCAUGCCACGGAAUAUCCCCCGCAACACCGAAAGACUGGAGCUGAACGGGAAUAACCUCACACGCAUCACCAAGAGUGACUUCGCUGGACUCAAGUACAUCCGAGUUUUGCAGCUGAUGGAAAAUCAGAUUACUGUGAUUGAGCGCGGGGCUUUUGAUGACAUGAAGGAGCUGGAGAGACUGCGGCUGAACCGUAAUCAACUGCAGCAGCUUCCCGAGUUGCUGUUUCAGAAGAACCCGGCCCUGUCGCGACUAGAUCUGAGCGAGAACUUCAUCCAGUCCAUCCCCAGAAAAGCAUUCAGAGGAGCUACGGACAUCAAGAACCUUCAGCUGGAUAAAAACCACAUCAGCUGCAUCGAGGAUGGAGCCUUUCGAGCUCUGAGAGGCUUGGAAGUGCUAACGCUGAACAACAACAACAUCAGCAGCAUACCCGUCUCCAGCUUCAACCACAUGCCCAAGCUACGAACCUUUCGUCUCCACUCCAACAAUCUGAACUGUGACUGUCACUUGGCCUGGUUGGCCCAGUGGCUCAGACAGAGGCCUACAAUCGGUCUAUUUACCCAGUGUACCGCCCCUUUAGAGCUCAGAGGACUCAAUGUGGCAGAGGUACAGAAACACGAAUUCAGCUGCUCAGGUCACCAGGAAUCCGGCAGCCCUCAGCCGUGCAGCAUCGGCGUUGGCUCCUGUCCCGCCAUGUGCACCUGCAGCAACAACAUCGUGGACUGUCGGGGGAAAGGGCUCACUGCCAUCCCGGCCAACCUGCCCGACACCAUGGCGGAGAUACGUCUGGAGCAGAAUGGAAUUAAGUCUGUUCCUCCUGGAGCCUUCUCUCCGUACAAGAAGCUGCGUAGGAUAGACCUGAGCAACAACCACAUUUCAGAGAUAGCUCCCGAUGCCUUCCAGGGUCUGCGCUCCCUCAACUCCCUUGUGCUGUAUGGAAAUAAGAUCACUGACCUACCCAAGGGGGUGUUUGACGGCCUCUACGCCCUGCAACUGCUGUUGCUGAAUGCCAAUAAGAUACACUGUGUUCGUGCGAACGCCUUUCAGGACCUUCAGAAUCUCUCACUGCUAUCGCUCUACGACAACAAGAUCCAAACCCUCGCCAAGGGCACCUUCACUUCUCUACGAGCUAUACAGACCCUUCACCUGGCCCAGAACCCCUUUAUUUGUGACUGUAAUCUGAAGUGGCUGGCGGAUUACCUGCGCUCCAACCCCAUCGAGACCAGCGGCGCCCGCUGCGCCAGCCCUCGGCGUCUCGCAAACAAACGCAUUGGACAGAUCAAGAGCAAGAAGUUCCGCUGCUCUGGCACAGAGGACACCCGUCUGAAUAAUGCCUGCAACAGUGACCCAGUGUGUCCGCCCAAGUGCCGCUGUGAGUCAAACGUGGUGGACUGCUCCAACCUGAAGCUCACCAAGAUCCCCGAGCACAUCCCUACAUCCACCAGUGAACUCCGCCUCAAUAACAAUGACAUCACCGCUCUGGAGGCAACUGGAGUUUUUAAGAGCCUUUCCCAGCUGAAGAAGAUUAACCUCAGCAACAACAAGAUCACAGAGAUCGAAGACGGGUCAUUCGAAGGUGCUUCAUCGGUCAAUGAGCUUCACCUCACGGCCAAUCAGAUCGACUCCGUCCGAAGCGGGAUGUUCCGUGGCCUCGAGGGGCUGCGCAUGCUGAUGCUGAGAAACAACAAGAUCAGCUGCGUCCACAACGACAGCUUCACCGGCUUGCACAAUGUCCGCCUGCUGUCUCUGUACGACAACCAGCUGACCACCAUCACUCCCGGAGCCUUCGACACCCUGCAGACUCUCUCCACCCUGAACCUCUUGGCAAACUCCUUCAACUGUGACUGCCGGCUGGGCUGGCUUGGCGAUUGGCUGAGGAGCAGGAAGAUCGUGACCGGUAACCCUCGCUGCCAGCGCCCCGCCUUCCUCAAGGAGAUUCCUCUGCAGGAUGUGGCCCUGCCCGACUUCCGUUGUGAGGAGGGCCAAGAGGAGCCGCCAAGCUGUGUGCCCAGACCCCAGUGUCCGAGUGAAUGCACUUGCCUCGAGACUGUGGUGCGCUGCAGCAACAAACACCUCCACACACUGCCCAAAGGCAUCCCCAGAAACGUGACUGAACUGUACCUGGAUGGAAACCAGUUCAACGUGGUGCCAAAGGAGUUGUCGACCUACAAAUACCUACAGCUGGUAGACCUGAGCAACAACAAGAUCAACUCUCUGACCAACUCGUCCUUCGCUAACAUGAGCCAACUCACCACUCUAAUCCUGAGCUACAACUCGCUACGUUGUAUCCCCAAAAUGGCCUUCAGUGGACUGCACUCCCUCCGACUGCUGUCUCUCCAUGGCAACGAAAUCUCCGAGCUUCCCGAUGGAAUCUUCAACGACGUGGCCUCGCUGUCCCACUUGGCAAUUGGUGCAAACCCCUUGCACUGUGACUGUCACCUGCGCUGGUUAUCCGACUGGGUGAAGACCAGCUACAAGGAGCCUGGCAUCGCCCGCUGUGCCGGCCCGCAGGGCAUGGAAGGCAAACUGCUGCUCACCACACCCGCCAAGAAGUUUGAGUGCACAGGCGACGUGGACACUACGGUGGUGGCCAAGUGUAACCCCUGUGUGUCAAGCCCCUGCCUGAACCACGGCAUCUGUCACAGCGACAUGGUGGAGAUCUACAGGUGCAGCUGUCCUCCGGGAUUCAAGGGAAAGAACUGUGAGACAGCUCUGGAUGCCUGUUUGAGUUCCCCGUGUGCCAAUAGAGGAACCUGCCAGGUGAACGACGGCCAGGAGGGACAAUACAGUUGCACGUGUCCACUGGGCUUUGAGGGCCCCACUUGCCAAACCAACAUUGACGAAUGUGAGGACAACGACUGUGAGAACGGCGCCACCUGCAUCGAUGGAGUCAACAACUACACUUGUUUUUGUCCCCCCUACUACACAGGGGAGAUGUGUGAGGAAAUGGAGGACGUGUGUGCCCCGGGACGCAGCCCCUGCAAACAUCAGUCCACCUGCCUCAUCACCUCCAAUGGCCCCAAGUGCGUGUGCUCUCCUGGUUAUGUUGGCGACGACUGCAGCGUAGACUACAACGACUGCGAGGAGCAUCGCUGCCAGAACGGCGCCCAGUGUGUGGACGAGCUCAACGGAUACGCCUGCGUCUGCCCUGAAGGAUACAACGGCCAGCUGUGCGAGUUCCUCCCGUCCCCGCUGUCCCUGUGUGAGCGGGCCGACUGCCAGAACAACGCGCCGUGCUUGGAGCGGGGCGGCCGCGCGCUCUGCCAGUGCCCCCCGGAGUUCGGGGGUCCGCGCUGCGAGAAGCUGGUCAGCGUCAACUUCAUCGACAGAGACUCCUACCUGCUGCUGUCGGACCUCAAGAACUGGCCCCAGGCCAACAUCACCUUACAGGUGUCAACAGCUGAGGACAAUGGUAUCCUGCUGUACAAUGGGGACAAUGACCAUAUUGCAGUGGAGCUCUACCAAGGUCACGUGAAGGUCAGCUAUGACCCUGGCAGCCAGCCGGGACACGCCAUCUACAGCACUGAGACCAUCAACGAUGGCCAGUUCCACACUGUGGAGCUAGUGACCUUUGACCAGAUGGUGAACCUGUCCAUCGAUGGGGGUCUCCCCACAACAAUGGACAGCUUUGGGGCGGUGCGGCCCCUGAACGGGGAGGCUCCACUAUACGUGGGGGGUAGGGGCCCUCUCCAGAACACACCUCCCUCCUCUGCAGGAAUGCCGGUGGCGGUGCACUCCGGCGCUUUCCGUCUCUGGCAGCUCCAGAACGGUUCCAGUUUCCACGGAUGUAUCCAGAAUCUAUACAUCAACAAUGAGCUCCAGGACUUCACCAAGACACAGAUGAAGCCCGGCGUGGUGCCGGGCUGCGAGCCCUGCAAGAAGAUCUACUGCGUGCAUGGCAUAUGCCAGCCGGAUGGGUUCCAGGGACCAGUGUGCCACUGCCAGCCGGGCUGGAGUGGGCCGCAGUGUGAUCAGACAGCCACCAACCCCUGCCAGGGCACCAAGUGCGUCCAUGGAAAGUGCAUCCCUCUGGACCCUCAGUCAUACCGCUGCGAGUGCGAGGAGGGUUACCGCGGCGCCCUGUGCAACCAACAGGGAGAGCUGUUCAACCCGUGCCGUCGCCUGUCCUGCAAACACGGCCGCUGUCAGAUCUCGGACACGGGGGAGGCCUACUGUCACUGCGAAAGUGGCUACACCGGGGGACUCUGUGAUGCAGAGUCUGAAUGCCGAGGGGAACCUGUGCGAGACUUCUACCAGGUGCAGCGAGGCUACGCCAUCUGCCAGACGACUCGCAUGGUCUCCUGGGUGGAGUGCUCCGGAGCGUGUGACACGGGGGCCUGCUGCGCCAGCCAGCGAAUGAAACGCCGGAAAUACACCUUCGAGUGCAGCGAUGGAACCUCCUUCAGCGAGGAAGUGGAAAAGACCAUCAAGUGCGGCUGUAUGGGCUGCAUGUAGCGCCACUCACUCACAUGUCCUGCCGCUGCCGCCGAGCAGAAGAUAGAGAGGAAGGAAGAAAGAAAGAGGACUGGAGUAAAGCGAGGGAGGGGAAGAAAGAAAAAGAGAGUAUAAAGAAUAUAUAUAAAAAACCUCUAUCUAUAUAUUAUGGACAACAAUGUUUGUAAAAUAGGACAUUUCCUCCCCUUCCAAGGGUGUGUGACCUACAGUAACACAGAGAAAUCAACAUCACGAGCAACAAUGUAGAGGUGACAACAGCAGCAACACAACCAUUGUAAUCUGCAACAUUGUUCCAAGGGGUCCAGAGAUUUCAAAGGUUUUGCAUUCAGAGCGAAGCAUCCCUCCAAACCUAAAUUACCCAGCGUGAGUUCCCCAUGCAACUUCGCCGCCAUCCACCAUCCGUGCUCCGUGGAGGCCCGCGAGGACACUGGGGGUCGAGCCCGGCUGAGAAUGGCAAAGGACAGGAAGAGAGAGACAAAAGGAGGGAGAGAGAGAGGGAGCUGGGCCGCUUGACUCAGCAGAGCUGUCUUGAGUUGAGCUUGGCUGGGUUACCUGCACAGGGCGGCGUGUGGCUCGGGUUGAGUUUGAGGUCGUUGUUGGUUCGGUGUCGUCAUUUCUCUCUCAUCCAUCCACACAUGCACACGUAGAAGGGAACACGGGCGUGGCAGGGUCAGAGCGGGCACAUAAUCCGGUGCGGAUGUCGGUGACUUUGAGGCCGGGUGGUCUGGCGUCGCAGUUGUUUGCUGUGAGGUGCUUUUAGCGUAGACACUCCGUAAAGAAAAUAGAGACUGCACUGACUAGCGGCACUGAAAAUAACAGCCGUAGAGCUCUCUUUGAAGUACGCGACCACGCCUGGCACACACAGUCCCGUGUGUUGUGUAUUGUGUUCAUAUUGUAAGCCGACCCGGUGGCGAUGGAUUGCCUCAGGGGUCGGAUGAUUUGCAUAAUCCCACCCCCUUUUGAGCGGGAGGCUGUCGUUGAGCCCGGCUCGUCUUGAUGCCUGCAGUAUUAAGCUGGUGCAAACUGUUGCAUGUGUGGAGAAGAGUUUGCCGAGAAAUAUGUAGAGCUUCUUAAUAUCAUUAUACACGUUAUGGAAAAAAAAGGUUGCAGAAUCAUCUUUUGAUUUUUAUUUUGUUCUGUCUAAUUUUUCAUAUUGCUUUUAUUUUUUGUUAUUUGAUGUAAUAUUUUGUCUAACUCCUUUAGCCGCCCCCCCCAGCAACUCUUUAUAUAGAAAUGCCUAACAGAUUCUAAUAUAUAUAUAUUUGUAUUUCAUUUUGGUAUAGUAUUUUUCUAUGUUAAAGAGUAAGUCUGUUUCUGGAAGCUUUGGGACUGGUGGUAAGGCAUUCGAUUGGUUCCCUCAGUGUUUUUAUUUGUUGAUCUCACUUGCUUCAACAAGGUAAUAAAAUACAAUAAUUGGCCAAAAAUACAGCAGAUGGUUGGCUUUGCUGUAUAAGAGUCAGUGUCAGUCUAGAAAUAUGUUUAAUAUUGUAUAUGUUGUCUUCCAUGUGAAUAUUACAUCUAAUUCAUGAGAGUCUGUGCUUGAUUUUAUUUAUUUUAUCGAAAGGCAUUUUCUUGUAGAAAGUGAACGGCAGACAUGUCGCUGACUUUCAAAUAUUUUGAAAAAACUUCAAAAAGAACAAAAAAGGUAAAAUAAUGAAUAAAAACAGCAUUAAAAAAUAUGUAGGGUAUUUGUAAGCUCACCUGGUCAGGAGUCACGCCGGUGUUUUCCUGCUCUCUGGCGCAGACGUUCCUCAUCUGCUGCAAUUCACCUCGUAGUCACAUGACCACACUUCAAGGCUUCGGAUGGUUUGUUGAAGUGCUUGGCUUGUGUUUCUUUCAUUUUAUUUCGAGAGCCGUUUCGCCUGAGGUGUUUUUAGUUCAACCGAGUUAAAGUAGUCAAGCUCAACUUAUUAUAAGCUGCUGUCAAGCCAGAAGAAACCGGAUGAAAUUCCUUCAAUGAGGACAAUGAUCGCGUUAAGGUGUCAUCCUAGAUAUGUCUGAAGAGGCAACUGUGUGAAGCAUUAUGUGGGCAUAACUGACACAUCGUACAGGAGAAAGAUCUGGACAUUGAAACAUCCGUCAGUUCUGGCUGGCGAUCCACACACAGAAAAAAAAAAAAAAGAA